UCUUCCAACAUGGAUAAGUUUCGUAUGAUGUUCCAGUUCCUCCAAUCCAACCAGGAAUCUUUUAUGAACGGGAUAUGUGGUAUCAUGGCACUAGCUAGUGCACAGAUGUACUCUGCCUUUGAGUUCAGCUGCCCCUGUAUGCCAGAAUACAACUACACCUAUGGGAUCGGACUGCUUAUCAUUCCACCUAUAUGGUUCUUUCUGUUAGGUUUUGUGUUGAACAAUAAUGUGUCGGUGCUUGCAGAGGAGUGGAAAAGACCCACAGGGAAACGGAGGAAGGAUCCAACAAUCCUUCGCUACAUGUUUUGUUCAAUCACACAGAGAUCCCUGAUAGCACCUGCAGUAUGGGUGUCUGUCACUCUCAUGGAUGGGAAGAGCUUCCUCUGUGCUUUCAGCGUCAACUUGGAUAUUGACAAUUUUGGGAACUACAGUUUUGUGAAGGAUAUGCCGGAGACAGAGAAGAUAAAACUGCUGGCAAGGAUUCCAUGCGAAGACCUUUUUGAGCAUCGGGAAAUAAGAGUGGCAGCAUCACGAUACAUCAAGUGUAUAUCACAGGCAUGUGGAUGGAUGUUUUUGCUCAUGAUGACUUUCACCGCCUUCCUGAUCCGAGCUAUUCGACCAUGCUUUACCCAAGCUGCCUUCCUCAAGACCAAGUACUGGUCUCAUUACAUUGACAUUGAGCGCAAGAUGUUCGAUGAGACCUGUAAGGAGCAUGCCAAGAGUUUUGCCAAGGUUUGCAUCCACCAAUACUUUGAGAACAUCAGUGGGGAGAUGCACAACUUCCACCGCCACCGCUCCAGCAAGGACGAAAGCGACGAUGAAGACGAAGAUAAGAAGAAAAGUGACGAAGAAAAGCUUCUGGGUAUUAGGGCCCAGGAUGAUAUGAAUAAAGUUUUAUGGAACUGGCAUUCCUGUAAGCCAGCUCUGGCUUUGAGAAAGGACCAAAUAGAUGGUGAAAACAAUGGCAGACUGAAUGGAGAGGCAAAUGGAGCAGCAAAUGGGUUUGUAAAGGGACACACCCAUAACGUGGAGAAAAAAGAAUGGGCAGUGUACUAUAAUUGGAGGACAGAGGCAGUGAGGGAGGGCUGA